CAUCUCCCCAGCCUCCCAGCCUGUGACCAUCACACGGAGCUCAGCCUGCCACUCUCACAAGGACGAUCGCCUGCCCUAACGCCUGGCCACACUGCCCCAAAAGGACUGUGCUAUGAACAUGGAGUUUCCCGGGUGCCUCCUGCUCCCAGCUGGACACCCCCUUGGCAGGAGCUCGGCUGCCUGCACGGGAGCUAGGAACGCAAGGUUCCCCAUCCUCCUGGCCUGGUUUUGGGCUUCCAUGACAGGACUCCCCAUGGCAGACUCAGGCAUUUCAGCAGUGGCUCAGCUCCAACUUGUGAAUGGCCCAAGUCGCUGCGCUGGGAGAGUCGAGGUGCUUCACAACCAGCAAUGGGGAACCGUGUGUGAUGACAGCUGGGAUUUAACUGAGGCCAGAGUCGUGUGCAGGCAGCUGGGCUGUGGGACGGCGUUAUCAGCCCCACGUGGGUCUCAGUUUGGACAGGGAACUGACCGUAUCUGGCUGCAUAAGGUAAACUGCACAGGGACAGAAGCUGCCCUCUCCGAAUGCAGGGCUAGGCCUUGGGGAGAGCAUAACUGUAACCACGUAGAAGAUGCUGGUGUUGUGUGCUCAGACUCCAACAUUCCAGACCCAGGUCCUCUCCAACUGGUGAACGGCCCCAAUCGCUGCGCUGGGAGAGUCGAGGUGCUUCAUAACCACCAGUGGGGAACCGUGUGUGAUGAUGGCUGGGACUUAACUGAUGCUGGAGUCGUGUGCAGGCAGCUGGGCUGUGGGUCAGCAUUAUUAGCCCCGGGGGAGGCUCACUUUGGGAGAGGUUCUGACACCAUCUGGAUGGAUGAAGUUAACUGCACAGGGACAGAAGCUGUCCUCGCCGAUUGCAGGGCUUGGCCUUUGGGAGAGAAUAACUGUCACCAUGGAGAAGAUGCCAGUGUUGUGUGCUCAGGCAUUUCAGUAGUGACUCAACUCCGACUUGUGAAUGGUCCAAGUCGCUGCGCUGGGAGAGUCGAGGUGCUUCACAACCAGCAAUGGGGAACCGUGUGUGAUGACAGCUGGGAUUUAACUGAGGCCAGAGUCGUGUGCAGGCAGCUGGGCUGUGGAACAGCGUUAUCAGCCCCACAUGGGUCUCGGUUUGGACAGGGAACUGAACGUAUCUGGCUGCAUGAGGUACACUGCACAGGGACAGAAGCCGCCCUCUCCGUAUGCAGAGCUAGGCCUUGGGGAGAGCAUAACUGUAACCACGUAGAAGAUGCUGGUGUUGUGUGCUCAGACUCCAACAUUCCAGACCCAGGUCCUCUCCAGCUGGUGAACGGCCCCAAUCGCUGCGCUGGGAGAGUCGAGGUGCUUCACAACCAUCAGUGGGGAACCGUGUGUGAUGAUGGCUGGGACUUAACUGAUGCUGGAGUCGUGUGCAGGCAGCUGGGCUGUGGGACGGCGUUAUCAGCCCUAGCGGGGGCUCGAUUUGGGAGAGGAUCUGACACCAUCUGGAUGGAAGAGGUUAACUGCACAGGGACAGAAGCUGCCCUCGCCGAUUGCAGGGCUCGGCCUUGGGGAAACAAUAACUGUCACCAUGGAGAAGAUGCCGGUGUUGUUUGCUCAGACUCAGCCCUUCCACAUUUGGCUCAGGUGCGAUUGAUGAACAGCCCAAGUCGCUGCGCUGGGAGAGUCGAGGUGAUUCGCAACCAGUUGUGGGGAACCGUGUGUGAUGACGGCUGGGACUUACAGGAUGCCGGAGUCGUGUGCAGGCAGCUGGGCUGUGGGACGGCGUUAUCAGCCCCAGGAGGGGCUCGAUUUGGACAAGGAUCUGGGCCAAUUUUGCUGGAUGAGGUUAACUGCACAGGGACCGAAGCUGCCCUCUCCGAAUGCAGGGCUAAGCCUUGGGGGGAUCAUAAUUGUCACCACAGAGAAGAUGCCGGUGUUGUGUGCUCAGGCACAGGCAUCUCACAAGUGGCUCAGCUCCGACUGGUGAACGGCCCGAGUCGCUGUGCUGGGAGAGUCGAGGUGCUUCACAACCAGCAGUGGGGAACCGUGUGUGAUGACAACUGGGACAUAAUUGAUGCUGGAAUCGUGUGCAGGCAACUGGGCUGUGGGACAGCGCUAUCAGCCCCAGGAGCGGGUCGAUUUGGGCAAGGAUCUGACCGUAUCUGGCUGGACGAUGUUCAGUGCAAAGGGACAGAAAUUGCCCUUUCCGAAUGCAGGGCUCGGCCUUGGGGAGACAAUAACUGUCACCACAGAGAAGAUGCCAGUGUUGUGUGCUCAGACACCGGCAUCUCCGAAGUGACUCAGCUGCGACUGGUGAACGGUUCGAGUCGCUGCGCUGGGAGAGUCGAGGUGUUUCAUAAGAAGAAGUGGGGAACUGUGUGUAAUGACAGCUGGGACCUACUGGAUGCUGGAGUCGUGUGUAGGCAGCUGGGCUGUGGGACGGCGUUAUCAACCCCCACUGGAGCUCACUUUGGGCGAGGAUCUGACCAUAUCUGGCUGGGUAAUGUCAACUGCACGGGGACAGAAGCUGCCCUCUCCCAAUGCAGGGCUAGGCCCUGGGGAGACAGUAACUGCACCCAUGAAGAAGAUGCCAGUGUUGUGUGCUCAGACUCAGGAAUUUCAAAGCAGACUUCGCUCCGUCUGGUGAACGGCACGAGUCGCUGCGCUGGGAGGGUCGAGGUGCUUCACAACCAGCAGUGGGGAACUGUGUGUGAUGACAGCUGGAACCUACAGGAUGCCGAUGUCGUGUGCAGACAGCUGGGCUGUGGGCUGGCGUCCACAGCCCCAGGCGCGGCUCACUUUGGGCGAGGAACUGACUCCAUCUGGCUGGAUGAUGUUCACUGCACAGGGACAGAAGCUGCCCUCACUGAUUGCAGGGCUCGGCCUUGGGGAGAGAAUAACUGUCACCAUGGAGAAGAUGCCGGUGUUGUGUGCUCAGACUCAGGCAUUUCAGAGCAGACUCAGCUCCGACUGGUGAACGGCCCAAGUCGCUGCACUGGGAGAGUCGAGGUGCUUCACAACCUGCUAUGGGGAACCGUGUGUGAUGACAGCUGGGACAUAACAGAUGCUGAAGUUGUGUGCAGGCAGCUGGGCUGUGGGACGGCAUUAUCAGCCCCAGGAGGGGCUCGAUUUGGACAAGGAUCAGACCCCAUCUGGCUGGAUAACAUCAACUGCACAGGGGCAGAAGCUGCCCUCUCCGAUUGUAGGGUUCUGCCUUGGGGAAUCCAUAACUGUAACCAUGGAGAAGAUGCCGGUGUUGUGUGCUCAGACUCAUCCGUUCCAGAGAGGGCUUCAAUCCGACUUGUUGAUGGUUCGAGUCGCUGUGCUGGGAGAGUCGAGGUGUUUCACAACCAGCAAUGGGGAACCGUGUGUGAUGACAGCUGGGACAUAACAGAUGCUGGAGUUGUGUGCAGGGAGCUGGGCUGUGGGAUGGCGUUAUCUGCCCUAGCGGGGGCUCACUUUGGGCAAGGAUCUGACAAUAUCUGGCUGGAUGAUGUUCAGUGCACAGGGACAGAAGCUGCCCUCGCCGAAUGCAGGGCUCGGCCGUGGGGAGACAAUAACUGUCACCAUGGAGAAGAUGCCGGUGUUGUGUGCUCAGAUCAGGGCCAGCUGAGUCUGCGGCUGACGAGUGGCCCAAGCCCCUGCUCUGGGCGAGUGGAGGUGCUGAUUAACAACACCUGGAGUGCCGUGUGUGACGCCGGCUGGGGCCUGCCGGAGGCGGGGGUGGUGUGCAAGCAGCUGGGCUGCGGCUCGGCGCUGUCAACCCCGGGGGCUGCUCAGUUUGGCCAUGGGGCCGGCGACGUCUGGCUGGAGGGCGUGAGCUGCUUGGGCCAGGAGUCUCUCAUCAGCGAGUGCCAGCUGAGCCGGCUGGGUCCCGGGCAGUGUGGCCAUGGCUCCGAGGCCAGCGUGGUGUGUGCCGGGCAGGCCGGCUCUGGGCUGCUCUUGUCCCUGCUCCUCGGCCUGGGGGCUGUCGUGGUGCUGAUCUUCGUGGCCCUGCUCUGCUGGAGGAUGCGGCGGGACGGAGCCGCUGGGAACCCCCGGGGCCAUGUGCACCUGAAGGAGAUGAGGGCUCCAGGGACCCCACCCCGGUCCCAGGGAGCGGCAAAUCCAGAGCCCUCCGAGGAGCCCGACAGCCAGAUGACCUGGCUGGUGAGGGAAGACAUGGUGCUGUGAGAGCCGCCUGCCAGCUGCCUGGACUGUGGGGAUGCUGAUGGGGCUCAUCUGGGGGCUGGGGAUCUCCACUCCCACUGUGGGGCCCCUGGCACCAUUGUCCCCCCAGCUGACUUGGAAAACUCCCCUGCUCCACCCCACCCCCAGCUUUCCCUGCUGUAGCUCCCAGCAGCUCCCAUGCCCAUCCCUGAGCAGCCUGUGCCCAGCCAUGCAGACAGCAUGUGGUGCACCCUUCAGAACCAUUGUCAGGUGCACAGGGACAGCCGGCUCCUUCCCCACCCAGCGACCAUCCCAACAUUUAAAUGAGCUAUGCGGAGAGACUGACUAUGGGUGUCUGCCUGUGCCCGAUGUGCCAGGCCCUGGUAAAGCCUGGUGUUCUCAUAUGUAUGUGCCCAGUACAGCCUGCUCUCGGGGUGCUGGGCUCUGUCUAUCUGUACCCAAUGCCCCCUGAACUGAGUGUGCCAGGCCCCGUCUGUCUCUCUGUGCCCAAUGCACCCUGAGCUCAGGCCACCAGGCCCCAUCUGUCUGUGCAGCAGCCAGCCCGAGCCCCCAGUAAAUGAUCAUUACAGCUUCUAGUGUGUAGAUAAGGUGCAGAACUACGUGCAGCUGCAUGAUGGUGCCUUGCUUAAUGGAAAGGGAUGGGCCGGGUUACAGAUACAGAUACAAA